UUUGCUGGCAUUUUCCUCACAGAGACCUUUGUGCUUUUGGAAGCAGAGAAACAAGAGGAUUUCAGCAGAGAUGAAGAGCUGGCUAUUUGGAAUCAUGAUUGAAAGCUUGUUGGUUGCUGGAAUCAUAACUGAGGGUGGAAGAGAGGACUGCCCCGAAGUGAUUACCAAGUAUGGGCAUCUGAAGGGCAAACUGGCUAGUGUGGAGGGCACGGACCAGCUUGUGAAGGGCUUUCUUGGGAUCCCGUUCGCCAAACCCCCAACUGGACCCCUGAGAUUCUCCCCACCGCAGCCGGCGGAGCCCUGGAGCCACGUGAGAGACGCCAUAUCCUACCCCCCAUUGUGCCUGCAAGACCUGGAAUGGGUGGAUGUUUCAAGGAAAAUAAUGAAGGCAACAUUUCCCAACCUGACGGUGUCUGAAGAUUGCCUCUACCUGAAUGUUUUCACCCCAGACACCAAGGCUAAAUUGCCUGUAAUGGUUUGGAUUCACGGAGGCGGCUUGGUCUUUGGUGGGGCUUCGUUCUACGACGGAUCAGCCUUGUCCGCUUAUGGAAAUGUGGUGGUGGUAGUGAUUCAGUACCGGCUGGGUAUUCCUGGAUUCUUCAGCACUGGCUCCCCAGAGGCCCGUGGAAACUGGGGGCUCCUGGAUCAAGUAGCAGCUCUCCGAUGGGUUCAGGAGAACAUUGCGUCUUUUGGAGGAGAUCCCUCCUGUGUGACCAUAUUUGGAGAGUCUGCUGGAGGAUUUAGCGUAGGGGCUCAGAUUUUAUCUCCCUUGUCCAAGGGUUUGUUUCACAGAGCGAUCUCAGAGAGCGGAGCUGUCCAGAUGCCAGGUAUCUUCCUCAAGCAUCCGGAAGUCUUUGCUCAAAAAGUGGCAUCUGCAGCUGGCUGUGAGACUAGCAGUCCUGCGAUGCUGCUCUGCUUAAGGGGCAAAACAGAAGGAGAACUGAGGUCACUGAACUCCAAGUUUGUUCUGGAAUUUCACAUUAUUCCUGCAGUAAUUGAUGGAAAAUUCAUUCUGAAGGCACCAGAAGAACUGUUGGCUGCCAAGGAGCUCAGUGCUGUCCCAUAUUUAAUUGGUGUGAAUAACAAUGAAUAUGGAUGGCUUCUCUAUGGAUCUCCCUUGAUAAAAAAUUCUCCAGGUACCAUAGAAGGCAUGGAUCGGGAAACAAUAGCUGCAGAGUUCCAGCCAAUAGCCUCCAUUCAGAAUUACCCGCCUGAGAUUAUACAGAUGAUAUUGGAUAAGUAUUUGGAAGCCACUGAAGACCGUAUAGAGUUACGCAGUCAGUUUCAAAAAAUGAUGGAAGAUGCCAUCUUUAUUGUUCCUUCUGUUCAGGUAGCGAGAUACCACAGAGGUUCCAGUGCUCCAGUCUACUUCUAUGAGUUCCAGCAUCGCCCCACAGCAUUCAAAGAUACAAAACCAGACUUUGUAAAGGCAGACCAUACUGAUGAACUUGGCUUUGUAUUUGGAGGACCAUUCUUAAGAAACAACUCAGUCAUACUUAGUGAAGCUACAGAGAAUGAGAAGCAGCUUAGCAGAACAAUCAUGAAAUACUGGAGCAACUUUGCCCGUAAUGGAAACCCAAAUGGCAAAGGUCUGGUGGAAUGGCCAUCUUAUGGACUGAAUGAAGAGUAUCUGGAAUUAAACCUGGAACAAAGGAAAGCAGAGAAAUUGAGAAGCGGCUAUAUGGACUUCUGGUUAAAGACCUUGCCUGAAAAAAUGAAAAAAAUAAUUGAAGAACAAAAAUCACACCUGGAGUUGUAAAAUGCUCUUUUUUAUUGUCUUGCAGUAGAACAAACUUGAGAUGUGUAAUAAAUGAGCCUCCAACAGCACCA